ACACAAAUCCAUCUAAGAGUAUUAUCACACGCACACAUACAAAUCAAAAUCAAUCUUAAAUCCUUUGAUAAAGAAAUGCAGAAAAAAUCAUAACACAAACACUUCCAAAGAUUACUCUGUUUCAGUGAACUUUCUUACAAAUAUACAAACAAACUAGUACUAAUGCUUCUAAACGAUGUCGUUUCAACCAUUCCACAAAAACACCAAUAAAAACCCUAAUUUCACUUCUCCGCCAUUGAAGAACACCUUGCUCAACUCCAAAGCUACUCAAUCCUUCAAUCAUAUGGUCCUCGCCAUGCAACUUCACUCCCUCACUGACCCCAAUUCCAAAACCCUAAUCCCCAAUUUUGACCUAACACUUCCCCUCUCUGAUGAAAUUCUCCUCAAAAUCCUCUCUAAACUUCCCAAUUCACAAACCAAAUCCAAUUCACUUGUUUCCAAACGCUGGUUGAAUCUUCAAGGAAGAUUAAUUCGUUCGUUAAAAAUCUUUGAUUUGAACUUCGUUUUAUCAGGUAGGUUAAUUCAUAGAUUCCCUAAUCUCACACAUGUUGAUUUGGUUCCUUCAACUUUCGUCGUUUAUCCUCAAAACGGCGCCGUUUUAAUCACUCACCGUGUUGUUUCAAUGAGAGUUGAUAAAGAGUGGUGUUUCGGUUUUACAGAGGAAGAAAAAAAAUUGUUACCAGUUGAAGCAAUUGAUAAGGGACUCAAAGAAGUAGCAAAAGGGUGUCCGAAUUUACGGAAGUUGAAGGUAACAGGUGGGAGUGAAGAGGGUUUGGUUACUAUUGGGGAAGAGUGUGUUACAUUGAUGGAAUUGGAGUUGCAGAAAUGUAAUGAUGAUGUUUUGCGCGGUGUUGCGGCGUGUAGGAAUUUACAAGUGGUGAAGUUGAUUGGGUGUGUUGAUGGGUUUUAUGAAUCGGUGGUUUCGGAUAUUGGGUUGACUAUUUUAGCACAAGGGUGUAAGAGGUUAGUGAAAUUGGAGCUUGUUGGUUGUGAAGGUAGUUUCGAUGGGAUUAAAGCGAUUGGGUCGUGUUGUUUGAUGUUGGAAGAAUUGGUUUUUGUUGAUCAUAGGAUGGAUGAUGGAUGGUUAGCUGGUGUUUCAUUUUGUGAAAAUUUGAAGACUUUAAGGUUUGUGUCUUGUAAGGUGAUUGAUGGUAAUCCUGGAUUGGAAGAACAUUUAGGGUUUUGUGUUGCACUUGAAGAGUUGCAUUUUCAGAAAUGUCAGUUAAGAGAUAAGAAUGCAAUGGGAGCUGUUUUUUCGGUUUGUAGGGCUGCUAAGGAGGUUGUUCUUCAUGACUGUUGGGGGUUGGAUGAUGGCGUUUUCGGUUUAGCUGUUGUUUGCAGGCGGGUAAAACUGUUUGACAUAGAAGCAUGCUCAUUACUUACAACGGAAUGUUUAGAGUCAGUAAUUGAAUCAUGGAAGGAUCUUGAGUGCCUUAGAGUCGUCAAUUGUAAAAAUAUAAAGGAUAGUGAUAUCUCUCCUGCACUCGCUAACUUAUUUACCAUUCUCAAAGAGUUGAAAUGGCGGCCAGAUACAAAACAUCUUCUGUCAUCAAGUCUUGGGGAGGUAAACAUGGGGAAAAGAGGCGGUAAGUUUUUCAGGUGGACAUGAUGCUUGAACUAGCUAUAUACUUGCAGAGUCUAUAAACAGAUACUUAAUAACACAGUGAUACUUGUACCAUUAUGUAAUCAUGUAGUUAGUUUACUUUAGAUGGUUAAUUAGAUAUCGAAAGUGGAAGCUUACUGGAAAUGAAUUUGAAGCAGUGAGCAGUCACUUGAUACUGAUAUUGACCAUUGAUGACGACCAGAUGGUUGAAAUUCAGAGUGUUGUAUUUGACUGAGACACAAUGUGAGUCAUCCGAUCUUUGACUGUAGUGUGUCCGACAAGAUUAAUACGUUAUAUCCUUUGACUAAAGAUGUAAUCUGAUAUGAUUUUAGGUUAUAUCCUUCACUUAGAGAUGUAAUUAUGUUUACUAGCAUAAUCCAGUUCACUCUAUGUAACUUUUACUCCAGCAUUUUUUAUUGUUCUUUGUUGUCUUCCAUUUGAAUAAGGGACUUAAUAAGAGAUGUAAUUAUGUGUAUGUAAGAAUAACCCAUUUCACUAUGCUAUCUUUUGUUUUGCAUCA